AAUUCGUCGUAAAUAGAUAUACCUACCUACCUUUACACAUCAACAACAAAAAUUUUCUCAACAUUCAACAAUGAAUCGUUUUUUGAAAGUAUUCCAGAAUCCAAAAUGUAAUGUGGUUGGUAUGAUUCACUUGGACGCAUUGCCAGGAACCCCAAAAUAUUCUGGUAAUUUCAGUGAAAUCAUAGAUAAGGCCAAACAUGAAGCAAGCAUUUAUUCGAAAUAUAAACUUGAUUCUGUUCUCAUUGAAAACAUGCACGAUGUUCCUUAUGUACAAGAAAGUUCUUUAGGACCAGAAACCGUCGCUUGCAUGUCUAGAAUUGCAAAUGAAAUUAAGAAAAUCAUUCCUAAAUCGAUGCCUUGUGGAAUCCAGGUUCUGGCAUGUGGCAAUAGACAAGCACUAGCUGUUGCCAAGGCAUGUGACCUUCAGUAUAUUCGUGCUGAGGGAUUUGUUUUUGGUCAUGUUGCAGAUGAAGGAUAUACUGAUGCUUGCGCAGGAGAUAUUCUCCGAUAUCGCCGAUUGAUAGACGCCGAAUCGGUUUUAGUUUUUACAGAUCUAAAGAAGAAACACAGUUCGCACUCGAUUACAGCCGAUACAAGUCUCCUCGAAACAGCCAAAGCGGCAGAGUUCUUUCUAACCGAUGGGAUUAUAGUAACAGGAACCUCAACCGGACAUGCCGCAAGCCCCGGUGACUUAGAUGCUCUUUACGGAAAAGUCAAAGUUCCUCUUAUUAUUGGUUCGGGUGUGACAAAGGAUAAUCUGAAGGAUUAUUAUGAUAAAUCCAAUGUCGUAAUCAUUGGAUCUCACUUUAAGAUUGACGGACAUUGGGCUAAUGAUCUCUGUGAACGAACUAUUCAAGGUUUCAUGGAGGUACUUAACAAACUGAAAAAUAAAUAAGACCAACAAAACGAAAAAAAAUAUACUAUCAACU